CGCCGUCAUCGGAGACACCGAGCUGAACUCGGCAACACUCACCUGAGAGUUUUGGACAACAUUUGCCACAAUACCGUCGACAGUAUUGACGCCUUUAGAUGCCAGGUGAAGGGCUGCAAUGGAGGCGAUGGAAGAUGACAGUUCAGACGUGAAGGAUGACCACAAUCAUAACUACCGUGCGAGCAGCAGCGGCGGCGGCAAUAAAAUCCAAACGUAUUUAAGCAGCCGGAUCUCCGAGGGAACGACGCUCCAUCAACCCGUUUCUUCGUCGGCACCCAAAGGGGACCUGGACUCCGCUGGAGGGAGUUCGGUAUCCCGUGGCACCGACGGGUCAAAGGUCAUGGACUCGGAAUCGGACUCGGGCAGCGAGUGCAGCGAAGCGGGUGAGACCGACCGCCCCACCGCGACGGCAGCCUCCGCCGAGGGGUCUUUCACCGGGGAGUCGACUUCAAAGCUCCUUCUAAAUGCAAUGGCCGUGGAAGACUACCGUAAUAACCACUGGCCAAACUUGGACAAGGCCAUCGAACGCCUGCUCAUUCAGAAUCCUACGGACCACAUCUCUGUGUCAUAUGCUCAGAUAUACAGUUACGUCUACAAGUGUGUGUGUCAGCAACACUCGGAGCUCCUCUACGUGGACCUGAAAUCCAAAAUAGGCCAUCAUCUCCAUCAAGUUUCCAGCCAGCUGCACGCCAUCCCACCUGAAAACUUCAUUGAAAGCUUCAACACGGCACUGACGCAAUACAUUGCAUCUCUUCAGUGCAUCGUUCCAGUAUUUAUGUAUUUGAACAAAUUCUACAUAGAGUCAAAGCUGAACCGCGACUUGAGACAGGAUCUGAUGAACCUGUUUGCCGACCGUGUCGCGGAGGAGCACGUCAACAAACUCAUGCCACUUCUCAUCAAAGCUCAGACGAUGCCCUUCAAAGUGCAGCCAUCAACCAUGGCCAGCGUGGUUACGGGCCUCCACAGCCUCCGACCAGAAUGGGCCCAGUUAGCACCAGCACUCUUCUCUAGCUUUAUUCCUCAAAUCAACCCCCCCGCCGUGGAGUCGUUGCUCUCCGACUACGCUGCUCGUGACCAGAAACUGCAGAUGGAGCUCUCCAUGAACGGCUUCCCACGAGGAGAUCAGUCUCGCAAGCGGGCCAACGAUGACUCCUGACGAGAAGACGGCCAUCAGCACGCCACGGAGUAGCAGGAUGUGGUCUGCCGCACUACAAGUCAGACGGGUGACAAGGAGUCGCUGCAGAACGUGGAGUCAUGUUUCCAU